AACUCGAAAGCCCCAAAGUUACACAGGAUCUAUAAAAUACUACGCUACGCAGAGGCGGAGUGUGUGUUCAAAAACCUAGGGUUAUUAUGGAUAAACCAUCGGAAAAAGAUAAAUCCAGCCGGCGACACAAAGAUCCCGAUCGCGAUAGAGAUCACCACCACAAGCACCGCAGCUCUAAGCACAAAUCUCGAGACGACGACGACAAGCACAGAUCGAGAGGCGACCGAGAGAACGAUCGCGAGCGGCGAGAGAGAUCGUACGAGUCACGGGAUGAGCGAGAGAGGAGUAGAGAGAGAGUAUUGGAUGUUAAUUUGAGUAAGAGGAAGGAGAGAGGAGGGAGCGAGGAGGAGAGAUUCGAUGAGAAGAGAGCUAGGGUUUCGGAUGAGAGGAGAGAGAGGAAGAGGUUUGAGGAUGUGAAUGGAGAGGAGAGAAUCGAGAGAGACGAGAGAGAGGAGAGGAGAGAGAGGAAGAGGAUUGAGGAUGGAGAGGAGAGAGGGAAGAGGAAGGAGAGGAGGAGGUUUGGGGAUAAGGUUAAGGAGGAGGAUGUGGAUGUUGAUAGUGAGAGUAAGCGAGGCAGUUUCGAUGAGGUUUUGGUGAAGAGAGAAGUGAAGAAUGAGGAGGUGAAUGGGAAUCAGAAUGGUGCGGGGGGUUCUGUUGCCAAUGGUGCUGGUUCGGAACCACUCAACAUGGCAUCAGGAACUCUGCCUGGGGCCUCUUUUACUCCUGUCGACAAUCCUAAGGUAUCUUCAAUUUAUACCACAAAUGAAAAUAAGGGAGUUAUUGUGAACAGAUCUUAUGAGGUUCCUGGGAAAUCUAGUACAGAUGGGACAACUCCAGCAGCUGGGAGAAGUGGAGGUCUCCACUCACUUGAUGCUUUGACAAAAGCGAGGAUAACCUUGCAGAAGCAGAAGGAAAUCUCCGAGAAGUUAAAGAAAAUUCCAUUGUUAAACAAGAGUAUUGGGUCGAAAGAGGGAUCUAAAGCAGCAGUCUCUACAUCAGGCAUACUUCCUACUCCUGCUCCAUCUGCUGGAGUAACAUUAAGUUCUUCAAUUCUACCUACUUCUGCUUCAGCAAAACCACUUGUGAGUGGUGUGCCUCAUCUAGAGGGCCUUACAGCACCAAAGGUUGAAGCGGUUAAACGUGCACAGGAGCUUGCCGCUAAAAUGGGAUUCAGACAGGACCCACAAUAUGCUCCUCUGAUAAACAUGUUUCCUGGACAGUUACCACCUGAUGUUACUGUCCAGCCAAAGCCUGCAAAGGCUCCUGUUCUUCGUUUGGAUGCGUUGGGCAGAGAAAUAGAUGAACAUGGAAAUGUGGUGAAUGUUCCAAAACUGAACAACCUCAGCACCCUGAAGGUUAACAUUAACAAGCAGAAAAAAGAUUCAUUUCAAAUGUUAAAACCUGAACUGGAAGUUGAUCCCGAGAAAAAUCCACACUUUGAUCCGGACAUGGGUAUUGAUAAGAAUAAGCUUCUGAGGCCUAAAAGAAUGAAUUUUCUAUUUGUAGAGGAGGGUAAAUGGUCGAGAGAUGCAGAGAUUACUAAGUUGAAGAGUCAAUUUGGUGAAGCACAAGCGAAAGAGUUGAGGGUCAAGCAAGCACAGUUUGCAAAAGCUAAAGCAGAGCCAGAUAUAAAUCCCAACCUGAUUGAGGUAUCAGAGAGAGUGAUCGUGAAAGAGAAACCAAAAGAACCAAUUCCUGAAGUUGAGUGGUGGGAUGCACCUCUUUUAUUGGCUGGUACUUACGAUGAUAUAUGUGACGGUAAAAUAGCGGAAAAUAAGUUGAGGAUGGAGAAAAUUACCAUUUAUGUGGAACAUCCACGGCCUAUUGAGCCACCUGCUGAACCUGCUCCUCCACCUCCUCAACCCUUAAAACUGACGAAGAAAGAACAGAAGAAACUCCGUACACAGAGACGACUUGCUAGGGAAAAAGAUAAGCAAGAGAUGAUCAGGCAAGGCCUGAUAGAACCUCCUAAACCCAAAGUUAAAAUGAGCAAUCUGAUGAAAGUGCUUGGUUCUGAAGCAACCCAAGAUCCUACUCGACUUGAAAUGGAAAUCAGAAGCGCUGCUGCUGAGCGUGAACAAGCUCAUGUCGACAGAAAUAUGGCACGGAAGCUAACCCCUGAUGAACGCAGUGGAAAGAAGAAAAGGAAACUUUUUGAUGACCCUAAUACACUAGAGACGCUAGUUUCUGUCUAUAAAAUUAAUGAUCUUUCACACCGUCAGACCCGCUUUAAGGUUGAUGUGAAUGCCCAGGAAAAUCGAUUGACAGGAAGUGCUGUGAUAUCUGACGGCAUUACUGUUGUGGUAGUUGAAGGUGGAAGUAAGUCCAUCAAACGGUAUGGGAAGCUUAUGCUUAAGCGAAUAGACUGGGCUGCAGCUGUGAGAGAUGAAGACGAAGAUGAGGAUGAAGCUGUUGUAAACAAAUGUGUCUUAGUGUGGCAAGGAAGUGUUGCUAAACCGAGUUUUAACAGGUUUACUGUCCAUGAGUGCAGGAGUGAAGCAGCUGCUCGGAGGGUAUUUUCUGAUGCUGGAGUUCCUCACUAUUGGGAUCUUGCACUCAACUUCACAGAGGAGUGAUUAGUCUGCUGCAGAGUUAUAUUGAUAGACCAAGUUUUUGCAGUUGCUUGAGCGGUAUCCUUUUUAUGAGUUCAUGUAUGAUUUAGAGCUUUAAACAGGAAAAAACUGGCUGAUUUUAUGUAUCCCUGCUCCAUGAAAUACUUGUUUUGAGGUGGGCACUUCUAGCCUAUAAUUUCUAGUUUGGUCUUUGGUCUUUGAUCAUUAUCUUGUAAGCUGUUGCUAUAAUAACAAUAUGGACAGUAAUCCACUCUUCUUUUUAUACCUUCA